AUACUGUGUCACUACAUCAAAAAUUUAUUGCUCUUUAAUUACAGAAAAUUAUCAUUUAAAAAACAUAAAUCUUGAAAAUUUAUUUUAAAAAAUCCCAUUUAAUCCCUUCACAAUUUAAUGUCACGCGAAAGUUUAAUGGGUUGAACAAUUCAGAAACUUUAUGGGACCUUUUCAGGGUAGUCAAAGCUUCGCCACAAUUUUAAUUAAAUAAGUUUUUGAUGAAGCCAUAGGUAGAUAGCAGAUAAUAAAGAAAAUUGCUGACAUUAAGCGGUUAGGGACAACCACAACUUGUAAAAAGCGCUUUCAGCUGUAAGUUUUACAAUUCUUCAAUAACAAAUUGCACCUAAUAACAAAUAAAAGUUUUUACUAUGGCUGUGACUUUCGUUAGACUUAAAAAUCAUUACAGACUCAUUUAUCCAGUAUGGAAUAUGCUACAGAUCUUUAGACUUAACAGCAAAAACAAUGGCAAGUUGUCACAACAUUCUUGUUAAUUUACUAUUUUCAAUUUCCUUUUGUUUUCUUUUCAAAAACAUUUACAGAUGCAAUGGAAAGCUUCAUUUCCGAACUAACUCAAAGGAAAUCAGAAGAAUUUAAUAAACUUCGAAUGAAUAUAAAGCUUAAUAAAGUUCAAAAUGAAAUCACAAGCAUAGAGCUGCAAACUUCAAUUGAGGAAAUUUAUAAUUGCUUGGAUACACACGACGGGGAGCGGUUGAUGAUUGAGAUUGACAAAUGCCUUCAAAAAACUGAUUGUAAACUGCCACGAUACGUUUUGUGCGAGACAUCAGAGUAUGCGAGUGCAAAUGGAAAUGCUGAGCUCUUCACAAUACUACAAACCUUUAUCAAGAUGACUGAUGAGAACUUCUAUAAAAGUAAUUACAUGUACUUCAAAAGUCUCAGCCUUGAACUUGAUUGGCGAAGUGGGAAAAACAUUGAUCAAGUAUUAGAGGAAUUUGAAAUAAAUUAUAGGAAGAGCUUUUCCGAUCAGACUUUGUUGAAACACAUGACGAAACUGUGCAAUGUCGUGAUGCAAGAUGCAGUCGAGAAGCGAGGUGAAUCGACUGUGAUUAAAAUCAAACACAGAAUCGAAAAAAUAAGUGAAGAAACAAAAGAUUAUCAAUUGUUAUUCAUUCUAUGGAGGAAAUUGUUUGAGAGCUUUUGGUUUUCUGAUCAACAACUUGCAUCUGAGCUCGUCGAGAAACACGUUCAACUGAGAAAAGUUCUUUGCAAACAAUCGACUGUCCUAAGUUUUAUUUAUCUUCGCCACAAUAACAUCGAACUCGUGCAUCAAUUAAUUCAAAUCUUUUUACGAUUCAAUAUGACGAAACAAGUCGAGGUUCUAGUUCGAAUGUUAUUUGAGUUUGAAUGUUGGCGAAAAAACUUGAACGCAGUAUUACAAAUCGUGCAGCUAUGCCUCAAACUUGACAUUCAAUUAAGUGAGGAGGAAAACAAAAAAUUCUUAGAUCUUCUUCUGAAAAGACCUCGCGACGUCGAGGCUGACGAAGAGAAAAAGAGGAUGGCAGAGAAAAUCCCCAUUCAAAAAUAUCAAUUCAAGUUUUAAUAACAAAAAAUCUAAAUUAAUUUAUGACCGAAAUUGCGCGAUUUAUUGUACUACACGGAGAGUUGUUAACAGCUUAAGGAAUCAAUAUUAUUUAACAAAAAUAAGACGGCAGAUGCUUAAUUGUUUCGAUUAUACAAAAAGCUUUAAUUAAAAAAUCGUGAUGAAUCACUUCCUCUCAAAGAAUAAUUUAGCUGAAUUGUUUGAAGCGUUCCGUUCACAUAAGUAAAGUAACAGAAAAAAAACCAAAACAAAAGUAAAAAAAAUCUGAAACUUUUCAAAACAAUUUAAUAAAAUGUCACUCGUGAACUAGAAUGAAACACUUUACAACAUGCUUACGAAACGUAAAUUUCUUCAAACAUUGCCACUGAUAUGUGACAUUUGAUGGUCAACGCUAUAAAUAAAUGAUGUUUGUUUAUAUUUAGAUGCUUUGGGAAUCGUAUCAUAAGUAUCUGCAACUAUAGAGAAAAUAAAGAAAAUAAUAAAAAGAAAUUGUGACACCAUCAACACACUUAGAUAGAUGCGAAUGAUGAAAAGUUAAAUUUAGAUGUUCAAUGCUAAAAAUAAUCAGACGAAGAGUUAAAAUAAACCAUC